AUGGAAUCUGAGGCUCCUAAACUUAGGAAACGUAAAGCGGUAGCGUAUAUUGUUGAUGAAUCUAAUAGUGAAGAUGAAUCUAAAAAGGAUAACGACUCUUACAGUGAUGAUGAAAUUAAGAUUUCCUCUAGAAAGAAACCGAAGGUGGCUGCUAAGACUUCAACGGCAAAAUCCGUGAAAGCAGCUCCAAAAACUAAGCCAGUUAGAAAUGUACCUAAAGCCAAAGUAGUGAAAUCUAAGCCUAAAGAUAAAGCUGUUCAAAAAGUAUCCAAAACAAAAUCUGUCAAAGGUGAAAGAGCUUCUAAACAAGUUAAUCCACAAAGCGUAAUCCCUGACGAGUGUGACGAGGUGGAUGGUAAUGCUUGGACUAAAGCUACAACAGUUGAUGAUGGAACUAAUGUUCCCAAUAUUUGGAAUGAAGCUGAAAUGCUAUCACAAGUGGAAAGAAUUUCAUUGAAAGUAGCACAGAACUUAAUUACCUUACUCACUGAAGGUUGUACUUUACCAUUUAUUGCCAGAUAUAGAAAAACCGCUGUAGAUAAUUUGAUGCCUGAUCGACUUCAGGAAUUAUAUGAGAGUUUUGAAAACAUUACACAAUUAAAGAAAAAAGUGAAAUCUGUCAUUGAAUCUCUUAAGAAAAAUAAUAAGUUAACACCUGAAGUGGAGAAGAGUAUUUUGAAUGCAAGAAAUUUAUCUGAAGUUGAUUUAAUAUAUGCUCCAUUGAAAUCACAUUCACUAUCACUAGCUGAAAGGGCUCGGAACCUUGGUUUGGAGCCACAUGCUAUACAAGCAUUAAAUGGUGAAUAUAUUGACUUGAGAAAACUAUGUAGUGAAGAUGAAGAACUGGCUACACUUGAGAAAGUUGAAUGUCAUGUGACACAUAUAGUGGCUGACAUAAUUUAUAAAGAUACCAGAGUUCUAGAACAAAUGAGAAAACUAAAAGAAGAAACCAGAUUCACAAUACAAAGCAGUCGAACAAAGAGUUCUACUAAAGAAAAAGACACAGACACAAAGAAAAUGGAUACAAAAUCAGAUCCUGAAACUUACAAAAUAUAUUUUGACUGGAAAUGUCCUAGCCACUUUGUAAAAGCUCAUCAGACUUUAGCUUUAAACAGAGGUGAAGAUGAAAAAAUUCUUUCAGUAAAAGUAGUAGUUCCUGAUUGGUUUUAUAAUAGACUUGAAAGGUUCUGUCUUUCACUAUGGAAAAGCAGUUACUGGGUUCGAAAAGGCUUAAGUGAUGCAUAUAAUCGUCUUAUAAAAUCAUGGCUCUCCAGGCAUGUAAGAGCAGAUCUUACAACCUCUGCACAAAAAGAAGCUGUGAAAACUUUUACAACAAAUUUGGAGAAGUAUCUACUAACUGAACCAAUCAAAAAUAAGACUAUAGCCGGUUUGGAUCCUGGUUUUAGAGCUGGUUGCAAAGUUGGUAUUAUAAAUUGCAAUGGGGAAAUGAAGGAUGCUUGUACUUUACAUCCAGAUUUGAGACAACAUAGACAACAUGACAUAGCUGUGAAACAAUUGAAUGACUUGAUAAAAAAAUAUGGUGUGGAACUAAUAGGUCUAGGCAAUGGUACUGCUUGUCGUGAAACUGAAUUGUGGUUGAAAAGUCAUCAUAUAUCUGAAAAUGUUCCAAUUAUAAUAGUGCCAGAACAAGGGGCUUCUAUUUACUCAAUCAGCAAAGAAGCCCAAAAGGAGCACCCAAAUAUGGACCCAAACUUAAUAUCAGCAUUAUCUAUUGCUAGGAGAGUACUGGAUCCUUUAGGAGAACUUAUCAAAGUAGACCCCAAAAAUUUAGGUGUUGGUUUAUACCAACAUGACAUUCCACCAAAAAUGCUUGAAUCCGCCUUAGAUGCUGCUGUAGAAAAAGUAGUGAGCUUAGUUGGCGUGGAUAUCAAUACUGCAUCACAAGCAAUGUUAAGACGAAUAUCAGGACUAAAUGAGGGAAGAGCGAAAAAAAUAAUAACAUAUCGUCAAGAGAACAAUGGCUUUUCAACAAGAUCGGAAAUAUUAAAAGUUCCGGGUAUUGGGAAAAUUACUUUCCAGCAAUGUUCUGGUUUUUUAACAGUACUGGGAAGCUCUGAACCGUUGGACACUACCAUCAUACAUCCAGAAAGUUAUGUUAUAGCCAAAACAUUUGCGAAGAAAAUCGGCGUCAACCUAAAGGAGCUAACACAGCCACAUUUUCCACAAGUUGUUGAAAGAAAAAUAUCUGGGAUUGAUAUUACCAGGACAAGUGAAGAGCUUAAAACUGAUACUUGCACUCUGGAGCUUAUAAUCAAUGCUUUUAAACAAAAAAAAUAUGAAGAUAAUACCAUAACAUUUUGUAAACCCGUAUAUUCCGUUGCUGUACAGAAUGUGGAACAGCUAAAAGAAGGCACAUCAUUGACAGGUGUCGUCCGUAACGUCGUUCCUUUCGGCUGUUUCGUCGAUUGCGGAGUGGGAGAUAACGGUCUCAUUCAUAGAAGCAACUUGGGCGGCAAUCAAACCCCCAAGCUUGGUGACAGGGUAGCAGUCACCGUGAUUGCGUCGCCAAAGCCAAAGAAGAUUCAACUUAGACUUGACAAAAUACUAGACUAG